UAUAGAUUCCAUAUGAAGAAAAUGAUUUUGAACUUGCAUUAGCAUUGUCAAAAUCGCUUCAAGAAGCAGAAGAAGUAGAUGCAAUUAAUGAAUGUGAAAUAUUACCCGAAGUAUCAGAUCCAUUUAUGACAGAUGUAACUGAAUCAGCUCAUCAAGAGAAAAAAAGAGCACAAUUGGAAAGAUUUGGAUUUGCAAAUAGCAAACCUCCAGUAGUGAAAGCUAAGAGGAGAAAAAAAAACGAGAUAACAGUACUUCAAACACGUACUACAGAAGAACGAAAUCGUAUUUUGACAGACAAAAUUUCAGAAAUUCUCAUGGGAAAUGAAUCAAUUACCCAAAAUCAGAAAGCAGAAAUUAAGAGCAAUGUAAUUAAGAAGGAAAUUCAUUUGCAAAGUCCUUUGCUACAGGAAAUUUAUAAUAAGGUAUAA